GACGAGGUACUGGCAUCCUGCCCAGGUGUACUCCCACAUCAUGAAAUCCUACAUUUCAUCAGGAAAGGAAGCUGGUGGCAGCAGCUUCGGUCAACGGACACAAGAACCCAAAACUGAGGAUCCGCCUCUCUCAGUCCAAGAGAGUACUAGCUCACGUGUUAAGCCAGUUGGUGCAAGCAGCAAUUUAGAAGAUGAUUUAGAAAAAACAAAACUCACCAGCCAGUUCAACAAAGUUCUUCACCUUAAAAUUUACUAUAAAGAAGAAUCUGUUGAUCCUUAUGGAAAGUCUUUGUGCAUCCUGCAUGGCCAGAUGGAUGACGGCACUAGAGUGCUGAUCAAGAGAAGGUCAAAAUCAGAAAUCACCUCCUCACAUUCAGAAGUGAAAAUUCUGCGAGAUCUGAAACAUCCUGGCAUUGCGGGGCUUAAAUGCUGUUGUGAGGAUGAGAAAUUCACCUACUUGGUGCUUGAUUUUGUUGACUCACCACUGGAAGAACAUAUUCGACAGAAUGGAAAGAAAACUACAGCCUAUCUGAUAAAACUCACACUGAAGAUUCUGGAAGGUUUAAAUUUCCUACACCAACAGAAUUACUUGCACGGUGACGUCAAGCGCGAGAAUGUUCUAGUGGAUAAAGAAGGGCAGCCCAAAUGGUUCAACUUUUCCUCAGCUUCACCUAAAGAGAUGGAUCGUGAUGGCAGUAAGAUGAAAGAUGAAAUAUAUAGAGCUGGAGAACUCGCCUAUUUCAUCCUAUCUGGUGGAGAGAAUUACUGUGGAUAUAACUAUGACUGGAAUUUCAGUGAGCUUCUGUGGGAUUUUAUAAAGUGGAUGACUAAAAAAGGGAAGAAUCUGAAUGAAGUACUACAUCACCCUAUAUCCUGGAAAAAGUACAGAAAGUUGAAGUACCUGGAAGCUUUGGGUAAUUUGAAUAUCGAAGUCACCAAGAAGCUCCGACAUUUAAAAAACAAGACUCAUGUCAAAUUUGAGAACUGGAAAAAUGAGCUGAUAAAGCCGGAAUUAGUGAAAAAGAUGGAGCAAGAGAGAGAGAAACGAGGAGCUGAAGGUGAAGCGAGACCCUAUCCAGAAGAUGUUCUCGGUUUUCUGCGGUUCAUCCGCAACUUCUUACAGCACCGGCCUGAAGAGAAAAUUGAUUUUCUCAUCCCUUUUUCUGACCUCUUCGAGAGUGUUUAUAUUUUGGCCAGGGAUAUGGAAUGGAACUCCAGGCCUUCAGUGGAGAUAAUUUUCUCCAGCUGGUAAAGGAGCAGAUCUGGAGGGUUCACAGGCAUAGAGUGUUGUGGUGAACUGGGAUGUUUGGAUGCUGUCGCCCCCCCACUCUCACACGUUCACUCAGGUGUGUUGAUGGUGGAGUGGCUGCUGCUUUAUGUCCCAGGACUCCCUCAUGUCUGUGUUAGCUUCUGGCUCUCCCUUUUAGUUAUGCUGUCAUAGCUAAUCCUGCUGGAGUCCCUGCUUGCACUCUGCACACAAAGAACAUUGUCCUUAACCAUUACAUGACAAGGGCGUACCUAACAAUAAUCUGUGUUUUCUCCACCCCUUCUCUGUUGAGCUACACACGCUACUCCUGAGACGCCAGUGAUCCUGACCCUUUCUGCUCUGCGGACCUGCCUGAUCCAUCCUGAAGGCCUACUUCCGGUUCUCCGAGUUCUCAUCACUUGGAAAUCAUUUGCUGCUGAUGGCCCCACACGGACAGCCUGAAGUUUGCCAUGAGAUUAUUAUGGAUAGUACCCACACACACCCCUAAAGAUGGCUUUGGAUGGUCUUAUUCAGAUAUGACUGGCCAUGCUAAAAACAGUUUACACUCAAGUCUCAUUCAUUAUUCAGUGGAUAACUUCACUUGGAUAUAUACUGAAGUUCCUUUUAACACGAUUAGCACCACGUGACUUUACAGUACACAGUUAUAGAAGGGAAUGAUUUAUAAUCGCACUAUCGGGUGUCACCCAGAUGAGGAUGGGUUCCCUUUUGAGUCUGGUUCCUCUCAAGGUUUCUUCCUCAUGUUGUCUCAGGGAGUUUUUCCUUGCCACUGUCGCCUCUGGCUCGCUCAUUGGGGAUCGACUGGAUCUACAAUCAAAACUGACAUAAAACAUCAACGUAAUUCAGAAAGGUCAGAAAUAAUGAUUUCUGCUUGAAAUAACAAUUUAGUGCUUCAAGUGUUGUUUUCUUCAAAGAAUUCAAUGAGACUGGUGUUUUGUGGAUACUAUUUAAUAAAGCUGCAGGUUGAGGACCUGUA